GCAUCUUCGCGCCAUCAGGAAAAAGUAUACAGAGUUAUAGAGAGAGGAAGAGGAGGGGAGAGAGAGAGAGGGAGCCCAAGGAAACCGUUCUGUUAGCGAAGAUCAAGUUCCAUUUUCGAGAUCCUCCAUAUUCGUAGAGAAAAUCCCGAAAUCUUGCAGACCUUCUCCACCCCCGAAUGGCGGAGAGGGGCAUUCACAUGCUCCACACUCUCGAGCCGAGAAGGGACGCCUAUGGAUUUGCUUUGAGACCUCAACAUACACAUAGAUACAGAGAGUAUUCUAAUAUUUACAAGGAGGAGGAAGAGGAAAGGACAGAUAAGUGGAAGAACUUUAUUGACCAAAUAGCUACACCAGUUCAACCGUGCCCUCUUGAGGAGGUGGAUGAAAAUACGCUGCAGGCUGAAACUAGUAAGCAUAAAGAAGAGGCUGAAUCGGGGAGGUGUAGCACAGGGGAUGACUCAACUGGCUCGAAAUCCGUCUCUGUUGAUACAGCAGAUAGUGGUCCAGAAAAACUGUUACAACCUCCAGUAGAAACAAAAAAACGUGUUGUACAAACUUGGUGUCAAACUAGGCCAUCUCUAAAUGCCAUUGAGAUUAUGAUGAGCUCUCGUGUUAAAAAGGGGAAGACUAUGAAAGAUGAAAAGACAAGUUUUGGAGGAGACCAUCUUCCACCAGUAAAAGAGGCAGAAUCUUUAAAAGGAGCAGCCGUCACAAACUCUGAAGAGGAAGAAACUUGCUUUAGUGAAGUGCUAAAUCGUAGUGCAUCUGCUACUGGAGCAGAAAGUAGGGUGGACGAAUGCAUUUCUAACAGCGUGAAGCCCUCUGAGAGAGAUGGCGUCAUGGGUGAUACAGUUUCACAAGAACAGUUAUUUCCAUGGAAAGAAGAACUAGAAUUCCUUGUUCGUGGGGGGUUGCCAAGAGAUCUGAGGGGAGAGGUAUGGCAAGCCUUUGUAGGUGUAAAGACCCGUCGAAUCGAGAAAUAUUACCAGGAUUUGUUGGAUCAAGAAACUAAUUUUAGUGCGGACAAUGAGAACAAUAACCCGUCUGGUGUACCAAUAAAAUUGAAAAAACAGAUUGAGAAGGAUAUACCACGUACAUUUCCGGGUCAUCCUGCCCUGGAUGAGAAUGGUAGAGAUUCCUUGAGGCGUUUACUUUCAGCAUAUGCUCUUCACAAUCCCUCAGUCGGAUAUUGUCAGGCAAUGAAUUUCUUUGCGGGUUUGUUGCUACUCCUGAUGCCCGAGGAGAAUGCCUUUUGGACUUUCGUUGGAAUAAUUGAUGACUAUUUUGAUGGAUACUACACCGAGGAAAUGAUAGAAUCGCAGGUGGACCAACUUGUUUUUGAAGAAUUGAUGCGUGAAAGAUUUCCUAAAUUGGUGAAACAUCUGGACUUCUUGGGAGUGCAGGUCACAUGGAUCUCAGGACCUUGGUUCCUUUCCAUUUUUGUAAAUAUGCUUCCGUGGGAGAGUGUACUCCGAGUUUGGGAUGUGCUUCUGUUUGAAGGCAACAGGGUCAUGUUGUUCCGGACAGCACUUGCAUUGAUGGAAUUAUAUGGUCCUGCACUAGUUACUACAAAAGAUGCAGGGGACGCCAUUACUCUGUUACAAUCCCUUGCUGGUUCCACAUUCGAUAGUAGCCAGCUUGUCUUGACUGCUUGCAUGGGCUUUCUGACUGUAACCGAAGUAAGACUACAAGAGUUGAGAAAAAAGCUCCGGCCAUCUGUGCUAGCUGUAAUUGAAGAAAGAACGAAGAAGGGUCGGGUUUGGAAGGAUUCCAAAGGGCUAGCUUCCAAGCUUUACAGUUUCAAGCAUGAUCCUGGAUCACCUGCAGAGGGGAAGAAAACAGCUCUAGGAGCCGAUGUAGGACCCUGUACCUCUAAUUUGGAUGACUUUCUUAAUGGAAUAGGAGCUGAUUCAAAAACAGAAUCGCUCCCGGACCUUCAAGAACAAGUAGUAUGGAUGAAGGUUGAGUUGUGCAGGUUGCUGGAGGAGAAAAGAGCUGCAGUUCUAAGAGCUGAGGAGCUAGAAACAGCACUUAUGGAACUGGUCACACAAGAUAAUAGGCGACUAUUAAGUGCCAGGGUUGAACAACUGGAGCUAGAGGUAGCGGAGUUACGGAGAACUCUAGCAGAGAAGAAAGAACAAGAAGUUACAAUGCUUCAGUUGUUGAUGCGUGUGGAGCAAGAGCAAAAAGUAACCGAGGAAGCUAGAUCAAAUGCAGAGCAAGAUGUAGCUGCUCAGAAAUAUGCUGUUCAUAUGCUACAGGAUAAAUAUGAGAAAGCUAUGGCUUCACUUGCUGAGAUGCAGAAGAGGGCGGUGAUGGCAGAAUCCAUGUUGGAGGCUACAUUACAGUAUGAAUCUGGCCAAGUUAAAGCAACAGCAUCUCCUGGGUCACGUAAUCAAGGACCUGCACAGGAAAAUCAAAGAAGGAUAGGAUUGCUGCCAUUUGCUCUAGGAGGCUGGCGAGAUAGAAACAAGUUCACCUCUAAAAUCCCAUUAACCUGCAAUACAAUACAAUACUACUUUUACUUUUUACUUUUACCACUCACCUCUCUUACUCUCUUGUGAAAAUUAUUUUUUUUAAGAAGUGUUUAGGGGAAGUCUAGUUGGCAAGGAUUUGGGGUCUCUUGAUCAUUGUGACUUAAGUCUCAAGUUCGAAUCUUCAGAUGAU